ACACAUAUUUCUCUACGUUUCCCUGAGCAUCCAAUGGGGCAAUAACCAUGAAGGUAGUAUUUAUGGGAAAUAUCCACGGCAAGUCACGGGAUGACGUAGCCCAUAAGCCAUUCACAAGCAAAACCUCUAUAGCAUAACUGCUUAUCAGUAACUGGUGAUGCCUUGCGCCGGGCUCGCCUUGAUUAAUCCCUGUUCCGUCCGCAUUAGAAGAUUCUGUUCCAUCAUGGUGCGAGGUUGUUUGAAACGUUUGGCGUUGUUGUUGAACGUGGUGGUCUGUGUCGUUGGUGUCUCAGCACGCAGUACAGGCGAAGCUUGGCCAUGUACUGCGGACGAUGGUAGCCCUGGUUAUUGGCCAGCAGGAUGCUCACAUAUGGCGAUUGAGGAGCGAAUGGGUGGAAGUGACGUGAAUUGUACCUGUAUUCCCAGGUUACCAAAAGCCCAAACUCGUGAGUCGUGUACGGCGGACGACGGUAGCCGUGGUUUUUGGCCAACUGGGUGCCAAAAUAUGGGCAUUGAGCCCCGGUUCGGUUGUUCCUGUGUUAAACUGGCAGAGUGUAGAUCUAAUACUCACUAUUGUGUGUAUAAGGGAGAUUGUUCUGUUCCCACAUACAAAUUGCGAAGAGAUAACUGCCCCUUAAAGGACCUUGAAUGCUGUCCGAAGCCAUCGACAAAGGAACAGAUAACACCGUACAUCGGUGAUUGGGCAAAGGAUGUAGUGCCUUCUUUUGAAGCUACUACAGCCCCAUCUGCAGAUCGCGCAAAUGAGGUAACCACAAAACCAGCCAUCCAAGUGACCAAAUCCACGACGACAGUGUACAGUUCUACAACGGAGUACCCGAUGGAGGCCAAGGAAUCAUCGGAAAAUCAAGUACCGUCAUCGAAUAAUCAAUUACGCCCUUCGACAACCGCGAAUUCCGUGGAUUCGUUUGAGGAACCUUUACCAUCGUCGACGGACAAUCAGCUACCGCUUUCGACAACCGCCAGUAUCGGAGAUUCUGUUGAGUCGUUAGCAUCGUCGAAGGAUAAUCAACAACCAUCUUUGUCAAUCGCGAAUUCCGAAGAGUCGUUUGAGGAACCAUUACCAUCGUCGACGGAUAAUCAACUACCAACUUCGUCAACUGCCAGUACCGUAGCUUCUGUGGAAAAGCCAUUGAUUAAACCAACGAAUGUGCUACCGCCGGUAGUGGUUCCUGCGAGUAACAUUACAGCCGAUGAUAUUGCACCGCUUAGUGAGAAUUUCGUGUACACACUCUGUGGCCAGAGAGCAAAAAAUGGAUUGAUACCACAGAAAAUGCGUGAUCAACAGGACCGUGCUGAGUACGGUGAGAUACCCUGGAUGGUUGCCGUUUUCCAGAUGCUCACCAAUGAUGACGGCAUAGCAAGCUUCCGGUACUGUUGCAAUGGUGCAUUGAUCAGCGACCGUGCCGUGCUGACUACGGCACAUUGCGUAAGCAUCUGCGGUGGAAAGGUCGAGAGCAUUUUGGUGCGACUUGGAGAGUGGGAUCUUAAUUCAACCAUCGAAGCGAUUCCACCGAUGGAGGCGCAAGUGCUUAAAGCCCACAAACAUAAGGACUUUGCUAUCAAUUCACUAAUAAACAAUAUAGCUGUUCUGGAGCUGGCCAGCAUUGUGCAGUACGGACCGACAAUUCAACCUGUGUGCCUACCAGAGAAGCACUAUUCCCUUACUAGUCGCGAGAACCUGAUCUUUACCGGUUGGGGCAAAACGGUUCAGCCCACAUUGUCGAGUAAUGGGCACAACUUCCUUAAAGCGGUUAUACUGCGUAAUAACGAAAGAAGCAUCUGCAAGGGAGAGAUGAAAUCGUAUGAUUCGUCGCAUCGAUUGGAACUUCACAGUAGCUUCGUGUGUGGUACCAAGGUGAAUGAGGAGCAACCGUGCCGGGGAGAUGCGGGAGCACCGGUGGUAGCAGAAGUGCCGUACUCAGAGGACCGCUACUACAUCCAUGGUUUAGUUUCGUGGGGAUACGAAUGCAGUCGACCGGACCGACCCAACACGGCCCUAACCGAUGUACAACGCUUUCGGCCGUGGAUCACAAAAACUCUUGCCAACAUAGCCAAGGCAUCUAACUCAGGAACAAAGUAAAAUGAAAAAUGAGUCGGGAAUAACGUUGCUACGAUUAUGAGCCUGUAAUAAACGAUUCGUUUGCUCGGGUUUCGCUCUCGAAGAAUAACUCGGUGGUCCAAUACUCGUCAGUCGUAGAACAGUGUGUUUUUGGUGUUGGCACCAUUUGAAUGCGUUACCCAUGCGAGUAGUCUCAAUGGCAGUCUAAAUAUUAUCUCAUCACACUAAACGCCUUAAUUCUUAAAGUAUUGCACACCGUUAUUGCCGAAUGUUACUGGGAUGGUUGAAUUAAUUUAACUCGUCUGUUAUCGCCCAAACACAUACAGCCCAU